AUGGCGUCCAGUCAAGGAGGUGUGGGAGCUGUCACGGCUCUCCAGAACCACCACUACUCACCUCACUGGAGCCCGGGUAACAACCAGUACCAGCAGCAGCAGCAGCAUCAGCACCACCAGUACCACCAGCAGCAGCAGCAGCAGCACCACACGGCCCGCAGCCUGGAGAGAGCUCUGGAGGAUGCCGUGUGCUCGGGGAUACUCAACCUGAGCGGGAGGAAGCUGAGGGAGUACCCGGGGGUGAGCUACGACCUCACGGACACAACACAAGCAGAUCUGUCCAAGAAUCGUCUUUCAGAAGUCCCGCCAGAAGUGUGUCUCUUCGCCCCGCUUGAAUCCCUCAACCUCUAUCACAACUGUAUCAAGUGCAUCCCAGAAGCCAUCAUCAACCUGCAGAUGCUGAGUUAUCUUGACAUCAGCCGGAAUCUAAUUUCUGUUUUGCCCAAGCACCUGUUCAACCUCCCCCUCAAAGUUCUGCUCGUGAGCAACAAUAAGCUGGUGUCCAUCCCUGAAGAGAUCGGCAAAGCCAAAGAACUGAUGGAACUAGAUGUCAGCUGUAAUGAGAUACAGGUGCUGCCUGCCCAGGUGGGGCGUCUGCAAGCCUUACGAGAACUGAACAUUAGGAAAAACUGUCUGCAGAUGCUUCCUGAAGAAUUAGCCGACCUGCCUCUCAUUCGACUCGACUUCUCCUGCAAUAAGAUCACAGAGAUUCCAGCAGUUUACAGGAAACUCAGGCAACUGCAGCACAUCAUCCUAGAGAACAAUCCUAUGCAGUCUCCUCCAGCACAGAUUUGCCUCAAAGGCAAAGUGCAUAUUUUUAAGUACCUGAACAUCCAAGCAUGCAGGUUAGAUAAGAAGCCAGACACCCUGGACCUCCCCUCCCUCAGCAAGCGCUGUCUUCCGCAGCCGCUAACAGACAGCAUGGAAGACUUUUAUCCGAGUAAGAACCAUGGGCCCGACUCUGGAAUUGGGAGUGACAAUGGUGACAAGAGGCUGUCUACAACAGAGCCUUCAGAUGACGACACCGUCAGCCUCCACUCUCAGGUGUCUGAAACAGCCCGCGCAGACGCCCUCUCACUCCUUUCCAAAAUGGACUCUUGCAAAGAUCAGGAUCUGUAUGACUUUAUAGAACCCAACCCCGAUGAGGAUCCUGCUCUGUCAGAGUGUGACGGACAGCAGAACUGUCAUGUGUCGUGUAUUAAGGAACUGGAAAAAGUUCUUAACUUAUCUCAUUCAAGCAAAGACAAAGAGAGCUGGAAAGAGGAGUCAGGCUCAGACAAGGAGCAGCUCCUUGAGGAGGAGGAUGAUGAGCUGAAGGAGGUGCUGGAUCUGAGGAAGAUUGCAGUUCAACUUCUACAGCAGGAGCAGCAGAACAGACGACGCUCCUUAAUUUGCAGAGCUGAAAGUCUCAUCCAUCGUCGCAGAGUGACAGGUCGGGCGCACAGGUUCCUAAGUCAUUCUGGGAGCUCCAGCAGCAAAGCCAGGCCUCCUCUUCAGCCUCGCAGUGCUUCCUUGGAUGAGGGAAGAAGUGACGCAUCAGUACUUAGUGGACAGCCCUCGUCGUCCUGCUCUUUCGACGGCAACCUGAAAACAGAUCAAUCGGACUCUGAGUCCAAAUGGCCGUUGGUCCCGCCUGUUCUCAAUCAAAAUGAAGAUCGUAAGAGGAACAAAUACCUGAGAAAAGAUUAUCUCAAGUACAAAUGCCAGAGUGCUCGGAAAAGCUGCUGCGGGAAUGACAACUGUGAGGAGAGCUUGCGUAACUCUGAUUUCAGCAGCACUCUGACCGUGUUUGGACUCAAGCCACGAUCAGCCUUCACCCGAGGAGGUCAUCAGGAGUUCAGCUCGACGGAGCCCAGCUUCACCAUGAGGAGAAAGAUGGAGCAUUUAAGAGAAGAGAUUGAGCAGAUAGGACUCCUACGACAGAACAUUGAGUCCAGACUGAAGGUGUUGCUUCCCGACGAUGUUGGGGGCGCCCUGAUGGACGGAGUGGUUCUCUGUCAUUUAGCCAAUCACAUUUGUCCUCGCUCUGUGGCCAGCAUCCAUGUGCCGUCACCUGCAGUGCCGAAGCUCAGCAUGGCUAAAUGUCGUAGGAAUGUGGAGAACUUCUUGGAUGCCUGUAAGAAAAUGGGAGUCCCACAGGACAAGCUGUGUCUUCCCCAUCACAUCCUGGAAGAGCGCGGCCUGGUGAAGGUGGGCGAGACCGUGCAGGCUCUGCUGGAUCUCCCCGCCAUGAAGCCCACGCAACUGUCAGCUGCUUAACCCUCACCUCCACCCCCAUGAGAAAACCCUCUCUUGACCCGGUGGCCCAUGGGUCUUUAGGCGUCUGCUUGUGUGCCUGACUGAAACAGUGGAAGGUGAAAUUCUCUCGCUGUGUAUGAUGUCAGACGCGCUCCUGUCCAUCACAGUUUUGAUUUCUUCCUACUUGGGUGCACCACUGGGACUAAUUUGGACAAGUCUGUGGGUCCCUCUUUCGGUGCUCAGUGAGCCCCAACAAGUGCCCGCCCACGAGCAGUUCUCUUUUACUCCACACAGCUAACUUCUCUGCCAAGCUGAGCGCUCUACUGUUAUCAAACUUUGCCUUUCAAAUGCAUGACGACCGCAGUUGGUGUUGAAGUCAUGCCAUUGCCAACCUUUUCCGAACUGGUGUACAAAUCUUACCGUAUAUGACCACUGUGAUGACAUGUAGCCCACUGGGGGUUGGUUUAACAGCAUUUUUUUUUUACAUUUAUUUACAUUUUUCUACACUUUUUAUAUUUUGCCACACUAGACACAAGUCAGUUUGGGUGUUUUUUUUGUUUUUUUUUUGCUUUGGAUGCUUCCAAAAAGCACAAUUUGGCUGUGCUGCAUGCGCCGUCUCAGUGAGUUGUUUUUCUACCUGUGUGUUAUUUGUGUGACUGAUCAUGAUUGUUGCCACAAUGCAGUUUUCUUAUAAUAUUUACUGGGUUUUUACUGCCAAAUAUUUGUGAUAUUUUUCUCCCUUCCCUUCAUAUAGUUUCAGUAUCUCACAAAGGUGAGUACACCCCAACAUCUGUAUUCGAUCUUGCCAAGGGACAAUGCUGCUAAUAUGGGUGUUCUUGGUCUGGACCCAGGAUGCAGAGACAACAGGCAAAGUGAAGGUAAAAAUAUUUCGUUAGGGAACACAUAACAAAAAUACUGCUGCAGGGAAGAGCACAGAAGAAAAGGGGCUGGCAUAGGAAGCUUCUUGAUUGACAGCCGGGGACACCCCUGUCAUCUGAUUGGAACAGGUGAGGAAAACAGUGCUCCGGCCAAAGGGAAAAUGGAAAUAAGGAAUAUAUUACAGGAAACUUACAAUAAAAUCCAAACUGUCAUGAGAGCUCAUAACCAAUUUAUCUUGAGACAACUUUAGAGUAGCCUGUGUGCAACCUAUACAGACGGCCUUUGCAGCUCUAUGCCCAAAAUAAUUAAGGCAGUGCUCGAUGUCAAUGGGUCUCCCAUUUCCACUCAAUUGUGUUACAUAGUAUUGUCCCUUGAGCUGAAAUUUGAGGGGUGUCCUCAUGUUUGCAAAAUAUAGUUGCAUCUUAAAUACACAACUUUGGGUGAUUACAGUAGGCAACACUUAAUUUUUUUUCUGUGAGAAUCCUGUGCGUAGCUGAAGCAUCAAUGAGUGGCACUAUCCAGGACUAACUGCAGCGUGCUCAAACAACCACCAGGUAGCAUCUGUGAGCAGAUAGUACUGUAUCAUCUCUUUCUGACCUCUCAGGUCUUAUCAGGUCGGUAGUGCAUUUUUCAUUCUUCCCUCACGCCCUCCCAUUCGAGCAAAAACACAGUGUUACCUCCUGUCGUGUGUGACUGAACACUGUUGUGAUGCUGUCACUCAACCUGGCUAAUUAUACGGCAUGUUUUGUAAAAGGCCCAAGCAUGCCUUUGAUUUAGGUAAUUACACGGUCUGCCUUGCUUCCUUUUAGUGACGUGUGGAUUUGGAUUCGGGUACCUCUAGUGCUGCUUAUAUGAUGAGUAGUUUUACGGGGAAAUUACCUCCAUUGCAAAAUCUUUUGAAUGAUUCAAAGUUGGAAACUCCAUAGGAGCUUACGUGAAUAACGUCUGCACAAUUGCAGGUUACACCGUUUAGGCAAUGUUCUUUUGAACAACAGGCCUGUUCUUUUUGGUGGUUGAGUGAUAGGACAUAGUUCGGGUACGAUUCGCAAAUACACAAAAUUAAGAAAGCCUACUUUUAAAAUGCAUUAUGAGUACAAGUGCGCCUAUCUAAUUUGAAUAUGUGCCUCUUUGCAACCUAAUUGUCCCUUUAGAAUUGAAAUGUCAUGUUGUUCUAUUUUUAAUAGUUUGUUUUGAAUUAAUGUUAUUGAAACAUUUUUUUUACAGCAAUAUUUAAUUCUGAAGUUCUUUAUUUACACUUUUCUCCAGCUCCUAUUUGAAUGUACUACUUUGUCUGCUUCCUCUAAUUGUUUGACUCGCAUCAUUAGAAGAAAUGUUGCGUUAAAACAUUUUUACCUUUUAAAUUGCAUUUUACAUAUAAUGUAUAAAUAUUGUCCAUAUCUUGUCCUUUUUUAUGUUUUAUUUAAUCAGCAUUUACAAAGUUAUUUAUGCAACAAUCAAAGGUUGCAUUCAUGUUAGCAAUGUUAGUGAACAACAAAAUGUAAUUAGAUGAAGAGGGGGAGAAAAGAAAUGAAACCAAUGUGCAGACUACCUCAGAUGUCACAUACUUUGACUUCCACAAAUCCCCCACAAAUCAGCAUAGCUGAUAAGGUUGACACUGCUGAUAACAAUCACUGCUUGCCAGAGAUGGGAACCGACUGGUUACUCAAUGUUCAGCCCAUUCCAUUUGCUGACAUAUGUACAGUAUAUCAUGACUAGGAAAUAGAUAUAAACGCAUCAAAACAUUAUCAAGCCCACCCCAAAAAGGUUAUGAGUCAAAAGUUCAAAUGUUACCUAUGUUAAAAGACAACUAUUGCUUUACCUGCUUUACAGCACCAAGAUGAAAUCUGUGAUUUUUAAAAAUAUAUAUAUUUAACAGCUUCUUAGCAGGCACAAGACAUUAAAACAACGUUGAGAACUUGUUGAAUUAGGUCCUGACGUUGAGCAACUCAAACAUAACAUUAGAACAACAUGCUUUUUGACGACGUUUAGUCAAUGUUGGUUUCUGAUGUUGAUUUGACCAUUGAAUUUUGGUCAUUUCCCAAUCAAUAUUCUACUACACAAAUACAACAAUGAAACAUGCUUUUUGACAAUGUUUAUUCAAUGUCAGGUUGAGAUGUUGAUUUGACCAUUGAAAUUUGGUCAUUUCUCAACCAACAACGUGGAUCCAAUGUUGGACAUCAACGUUGUCUCAAUUUAUAAAUACAACUGUUUUUCAGUUUAAAAAAACAUGUAUCAUAUUUUUCGGACUAUAAGUCGCAGUUUUUUUCAUAGUUUGGCCGGGCUCCAGUGCGACUUAUAUAUGUUUUUUUCUUUCUUUAUUACCGGUAUGCAUUUUCGGCAGGUGCGACUUAUACUCCGGUGCGACUUAUACUCCGAAAAAUACGGUAUGCAGAAUCAACAAUGUAUCGAUGUCUUGUGCCUGCCGGGUUAGCAUACAUUAUUUUAUAUUGGAUUGAUUUUGGUUUAAUAAACAAAAAGGCCUUCAAUAUGUCUGUGUGCGGCAAUGAAGGUGUAAAAUGUAAGUUUGCUGAUUUUUUUUACCGCUAAUACCACAUGUGCAAUUCUAGGACCCCCAAACAUGCUCGAGGAUUGGUUUUACCCAGACACUCAUUUAUUUGUUGUGGCCUGCCAGAAAAUUAGUAUAGACUCAAGUGAACAAGCUCCAGCAAGCAGUGAAAAUUAGAAAAAAGGAAACUCCUUGAUUUUAUUUUGUUAGCAUUUUCAUCAUUCAAGUUGACUCAUCACUGCUGCACAUCAACAACUGUGAGGUGCUCAAUGUGGAAGUGUUGCGUUGAUGAACUUAUUCUGAUGAGUGACUCACAGUAAAAAAAAAAAUAGAAGCAUAAUCACAACAGCAGACAGACACUGCCAGGGGGUUAUAAUUAUGUGCUGUAUAUUUACGCCUUUUUAAAGAAAUAGUACAUGUGUGCAUGUAAUAAUGACAAAUGCUCUGUAAAUAUCAUCUGUAUAAAUCCCUGCUGUUUCUUACAAAAAAUAUGACACUGACAAAAUAAAUUCUUUGCUCAAUC